AUGUACGCGGAAGAUAUUUCUGCAACCAAUGGCGUGAAUGUCGAAGGUUCUACCCACAGGCAGGUGGUGGAUCUCAUCAAAUCAGGUGGUGAUUGUCUCACUCUCACAGUUAUCUCUGUCACACCAAGAGAGGCGGAACGUUUAGAGCCAUGCGACGACGGAUCAGCCCCGGUGGGCGUGAUAGGUGGCGCGGCGAACUCGCGCGCGACCGUCUACCAGAGAUACGACUACACAGACAAACGCUCGUUGCCCGUGUCCAUACCGGAUUACAGGGUGGUGAUGGAGCGGGCCACGGGCCGCUCGUACGUCGCGUUCAACGUCCACAUGGCGGGGCGGCAUCUGUGCAGUAGGCGCUACAGGGAAUUCGCCGCCUUGCACCAGCAACUCAGGAAGGAGUUUUUAGGUUUCAAUUUCCCCAAGCUGCCAGGAAAAUGGCCGUUUACGCUCAGCGAACAACAACUCGACGGUAGAAGAAGAGGACUUGAACAGUAUUUAGAAAAGGUAUGCGCCGUCCGUGUGAUAGCCGAAUCUGACGCCGUACAAGAAUUCCUAACAGACUCGGACGACUCCUCGAACCCGUCGCCGGUGGACCUGAAGGUCCUGCUUCCCGACAAGGAGGUGGUCACCGUGUCCGUCCUGAAAUCCACCAACGCCGACGACGUGUACCGCGCCGUCUGCGAGAAGAUAGGACUCUCCAAAGCGCAAGCUGCAGCCGAACGAGUGCCCGCACUCGCUGUACAUCCAGAACUACUCCACCGCGUCCAGCAGCUGCCUGGCGGUGCGCAAGUGGCUGUUCAGCCCCGCGCGGGAGCUGCGCGUCAUGCGGGAGGACCGCAAGGCGCUCGAGUUCAUAUUCUGGCAGGUGGGUGGGCGGGGCCGAGUGGCGAGUGGCCGCACUCCCAUGCCGUACUCACCCCCACUCGUGUGCAGGCCGUGGAGGACGUGAACCGCGGCGUGUGCGCGGCGGGCGCGCGCCUGUACCAGCUGAAGGCGCUGCAGGACGUGAGCAGGGCGGCCGACUACCUCGCGCUCGCUCGCACGCUGCCCGGCUACGCCCACCACGCCUUCCCCCCCGCGCGCACCGACUGCCGCGCCACCCCGCUGCUGCUGCUCACCCUCGGCUGGUCGGGGCUGACGCUGGCGGCGUGGAGCGGCGAGGGCGCGGAGGCGGGGCCGGCGGGGGCGGGGGCGGGGGCGGGGGCGGCGGCGGUGCCGUGGGAGGCGGUGCGCGAGUGGCGCGCGGACGACGAGGCGGCGGCGGCGCGCCUGCUGCUGGCGCACGCCGCGCAGCCGCGCGCGCUCACGCUCUACACGCCCUACGUACGUGCCGGACGCAGUGCGUCAUCGCCCCACCCGCCCCACCCGCUCGCCUCUCGUGUGGCUCACCGUGUGCUUUCUCGUUGCAGUACCAGUUCCUCUGCACCUGCAUGGAUAGAAUAG